CAAUUUACAAUCGUAUUAUGGUUUUGUGGGCUUCAUCAUCCUUAUUCUCUUCGUUCCACGAAACGGCGAUACCGAUUCAACGAUUAUCCCUCUCAUUCAAUUCAUCACCGAUUGCAUCCAAUUCCGCGCACAAACAUCAUUAGGUAUGAAACUUCAAAUGUUGGGAGGGCAUUAGGAAGGGGAUGUUCUUAGACUAUACUUCUAGGACAUUAUUUUUUCAAAAUCUUUUUUUGUGUCUCAGCUCAUACUUUGCCUCCAUUUUGGAUGCUUCAUGCUCACAUAGUGACUGACAGAAACAUAGUAUGUCUGUCAUGGAAAUUGAGAUCAAUAAACAAAUAAAAAUCUGUUAUCUUUUGAACAAAGGGAAAUUUUUAAUUAUUGUUUCCUAUAUUUAUUUUUCUGUGAAGUCUUGCCUCUUGUCAAUAUGGUUUUUAAAUUGGAAGGUGGUUCCUUUUUUCUUUUUUAGCAUCUGUCAGUUUGAUGGAAAUCAUGAAUAAUUGGUAUGGUGAUUUCAUUGUUAUUGUUACGGAUUUCAUAAUUCAAAAUGGCCUUUAUCUCUUAGUCUAUGUUUCUUUAUUUAUGAAUGAUUCGUGGUGAGGUUUUUCUGUGUUGUUGAGGAUGUCUGGCCCAGUAUUCAUAUUUAUUGUUCAUGUGAACUAUUUUAUUCAUUAGUACAUAAACAUACCACACUAUUAUCUCUUUGAAGUUUUAAAUGACACCAUGUAUUUGAUAGAAAGAAACCAUGACUUAAAAUUUAACUGCAUAAUCUAAAAAGCUUUGCAGCUUGCUUGUCAAACAGUUAAUUGCUGAAAGCCACAUUAUUCCUUUUGGUCGUUAGCUUAUGGACAAGGGACCGCCUCCUACCCUCUUUGUUAAUGAUGGUUCAUUUAUGGAGAGGUUCAGGCAGCUCCAACAAGAGCAGGAGAGGGGGAAAAAUGCCAAACCAGAGGAUUCUAAACCAAUUAAAGUUAUUUCCGGACCUCUGACUCCUAAACCAUCCAAUAGUAAGGGUAAUGAUGCAAAGAAAUCUUCCCAGGGUGGUUCCAGUGGCAAACUGGCUUUCAGUUUGAAACAAAAGUCAAAGCUAGUGCCGCCCCCUGUUAAGUUGGCUGAUGACGAUGAAGAUGAAAUAGAUGCUGGGUAUGUUUCAAAUGAUGCCCCGUUAAAACGGCAAAAAUUGGGUCAGGAUGAUGGCAUUGAGCAAUCAUCAAGACAACUUGAUGUUGCACCUCCUCCCCCAAGUGAUCCUACAGUGAAGAAAGUUGCUGACAAACUCGCAAGUUUUGUGGCUAAAAAUGGAAGAACAUUUGAAGAUGUUACACGGCAAAAAAACCCCGGGGACACACCUUUCAAGUUUUUAUUUGAUGUUAAAUGUUCUGACUAUAAAUAUUAUGAACAUCGGCUUGCUCAAGAGGAGAAGGCCCUUUCACAGUACAAAGAACCACAAGCAAAUCAUAAUGUUGGGACAAGCAUUUCAUCUUCCAGACCAACAAAUGGUCCUCCGAGAUCAUCCCAGCAGCAUUCAACUUACCAAAUCCCCGCUUCUGCUUUAUAUGAUAGUGAAGUAUCAAGGGCUUCUGGAUCUUCAGUUCAAGCAUUUUCAGUUGGAAGCUCGGAUGAGCCCGGUGGAUCAUCAAAUGCUAGUUCUUUAGCACUAAUGGAGUUUUACAUGAAGAAAGCUGCACAGGAAGAAAAGUUUAAACAACCUAAGUAUUCAAAAGACGAGAUGCCCCCUCCUCCUUCUCUUCAACAAGGUUCAACAUUUGAUGCAUCAGCUUCAGCGAAAAAAGGCCAUCACAUGGGUGAUUAUAUUCCUCAGCAAGAACUUGAAAAGUUCUUGGCUAGCUGUAACGAUGCAGCAGCAAUGAAAGCUGCAAAGGAGGCUGCGGAGAAGGCCAAAAUUCAGGCUGAUAAUGUGGGCCACAGGCUUUUAUCAAAAAUGGGUUGGAAAGAAGGUGAGGGUCUAGGUGGCUCUAGGAAGGGUAUUUCAGAUCCCAUCAUGGCUGGCAAUGUUAAGAAAGAUAACUUGGGGGUAGGUGCUGUCCAACCUGGGGAGGUGACUCCUGAGGAUGACAUCUACGAGCAAUACAAAAAACGAAUGAUGCUUGGCUACCGUCACAGACCCAAUCCUCUGAACAAUCCUCGCAAGGCUUAUUACUGAACGAACAUCACAGGAAAUCUUAUGUCAAGUUUAUUGUGGGGAAAGUUAUCCCUUGUAGAUGUUAGAUGAACUUGUGCAGUGGUUGCUGGAUUUUGUGAACAUUUGUGCUUUAUUGCUUUUUUGGAACAUCAGAUUUUUCUUUUGCCAUGUGGUUAUUUAUUACUACCACCACCACAUGUCUAUCUCACAAAGAAUAAUAUUUGUACCGUUUGAUCUUUUGGAAUGUGUUAUGUUGUUACUGACAUUAUAUAUGGUUCAUGAAAGGUUUUUCA